AUGUUCCUUCUCCAAGACAACACAUGUCAACCCACGUGUCCAGACAAUCAAUUUGCAAAUGGUACCUCCUGUGUGAACUGCACUGGAAAUUGUAAUACCUGUGCGACUAUAGACACAUGUGUGGACUGUCCUGUUGGCUCUUUAUUACUCGAAGACACAAAGACUUGUAUCAAACCAGCUUCAUGUACGGACGGUCAUUAUAAGACAGAAACUGAGUGCAACAAGUGCCCAACUGGAUGUGUUAAAUGUACAGAAGCGGGAACUUGUGAUCAAUGUGAAGCUUCAAAGUACUUUAACCCAACAACCAAAAUAUGUGAACAAUGUAAAACAAAUUGUAAAACAUGUACUGCACUGGAUAAUUGCACGGCUUGCUCCUCUGGACUGUUAGAAGACGGUACCACCAAUUGUGUGACUGAAUGUAAAUCAGUUGGGUAUUACCAAGCAAAUGGAAGAUGGAACAUCUGUGGUACUGGGUGCUCCACUUGUGCUGCAAGUGGGUGUACAGCUUGUGAAAAUAAUUUGAUUCUUGUGAAAGGAGCGCCUUUUUGUGUUAAAGAGUGUAAUGUAGAUGGUGUCUGGUUAAAUGGAGCGAACUGUCAAAAGUGUAAAGCGAAUUGUGGGAAGUGCAUCAACGGAAUUUCUUGUGAUAUGUGUAAUGACAGUUUUGUGUAUGUACCUUCAACUAAAAAUUGUGAGAGUUGCCCAUCAAAUUGCAAAACAUGUAACACAAGCAAAAUAUGUGAAGCUUGCACAACACCCUAUUUACUCGAAGACUUGUCUUUGAAGUGCGUCACAUCAUGUUCGGAUGGAUAUUUCAAUUCAAACAAUGUUCAACGCCAAAAGUGCUCUGAAAAUUGUCUCCACUGUGACACAAAUGGACUUUGUUUGGAGUGUAAAUGGGGAUCAUUUUUGGAAGAUGGGAAGUGUGUUUCUACAUGCAAGGAAGGGUCUUUUUCACGAUUGAAAAAAUGUCAGAAAUGUCAAACAUCAUACUCUUUGCCUUGUAACAAAUUUAGCGAAGAGUGUAUUAAUUGUGAAAAGAUUAUUAAUAAAAAAGCAACUAAAGCGCCUUUGGCUAAAGCAGUUCAAGAGAAAAAUGGAGUAUUAACAAUAUUCUCGAUGCUUAUUGUUUUACUUCUAAUUUUAAUCUGA